AUAGCCAAACUUCAACGCACAUACAUACAUACAUACAUACAUACAGAUAUAUAUACAUACACAUAAAGUUGUAUGUAUAUACAUACCAAGUGUUCUUAAUUGGAAAUUAAUUUGGGAGCAGGAGCAUUCGGGGUUGAAGUAGUCGACAGAAUUAGGGUUCUGUUUUCUUAAUUGAGAUUGCGAUCUCUGUUGUUUCUUCGAGGCAAUAUGUAGGGAUUUUUGGGGGUGGCGAAGAAAUAGUUUUGCUUUUUUAAUUUUUGGUGAGUUGGGAUUGCUGUUGUUAAUAUAUUUUAAUGUUUUGUUAAUUGCUUCCAGCUUCGAUUGUUGCACAGUUCGCAAAGCUUUUGCUUUGAAGGGGAACCAUGGGAUCUGCCCUGCGUCGAAAUUUCAGCUUUUCAUCUGUCUAGGUUUUUAAUUGAAGCACUUUGUUGAAGUGAAGAUCGUUUCGUGAAGGUUUAUUUCUAGCUAUUCUGAUGGUUAGCGUGAUCGUUUGAGUGUUCUUUUAACUUAGGUACUUUUUUUACAGUCCUAAUUUUGUAGAAUUUUGGGGAAGAGACUUCCUCGUUUCUUGAUGGGAAAGUAAAUUUAUUUUGCCAAUCGUUUGGAGAAGAGUGGUUUUAGUUCUUUCAGAUGGUUAUGUUGGGGGUUUGAGAUGAAAUUGGAAUUGAAGUUAGGGUUUGUUUGAAUUGGUAAAGUUGGAGGAAGGUGUGGCUAAAAUUUUCAGAAUUUGCAGAAGAUGGGAUUUAGAAAUGGUGGAUCAAAAAUGGAGUCUAGAAAUGCUAAUCAACCAAAGGGGAAGAAAGUUAAGAAUGAUAAUGGUCCUGCAGCAGAGACUUGGUGCUGUUCUAGGUUAAGAUUCAUUGGCAGCUGUAUAACUUCAAGGUCUAAAGUCGAUAGCUCCAUCAGUGGUCUCAGCACUCAUGAAGGCAAACCUGUAAAUGAUAAGAAUAAGGAUCGUGUAGAUGUUGCUGUAAUUCCCUCCACGACCACGAGCAAUGCUGAGAGCAAUUGCUCCAGCUCGAAACUGGAAGAGGAGCUGAAAGUUUCUUCUCGGCUGAGGAAGUUUGCAUUUAAUGACCUUAAGUUGGCGACAAGAAAUUUUAGACCCGAAUCUCUUCUUGGUGAAGGGGGUUUCGGCUGUGUGUUCAAGGGAUGGGUUGAAGAGAAUGGCACGGCCCCGGUUAAACCAGGCACUGGACUUACUGUUGCUGUAAAAACUCUGAAUCCCGAUGGAAUUCAGGGUCACAAAGAAUGGCUGGCUGAAGUGAAGUUUCUCGGAGACCUUGUUCAUCCUAAUCUUGUUAAAUUAAUUGGUUACUGCAUUGAAGAUGAUCAACGGCUUCUUGUGUAUGAGUUCAUGCCUAGAGGAAGUUUGGAGAAUCAUCUAUUUAGAAGAUCUCUGCCGCUUCCCUGGUCUGUCAGGAUGAAAAUAGCUUUAGGUGCUGCAAAGGGACUCGCAUUUCUACAUGAGGAAGCUGAAAAACUUGUCAUAUAUCGAGAUUUUAAGACAUCUAACAUCCUUUUGGAUGCUGAAUAUAAUGCGAAACUUUCUGAUUUCGGACUUGCUAAAGAUGGGCCCGACGAUGGAAAAACUCAUGUCUCCACGCGAGUGAUGGGCACUUACGGAUAUGCAGCUCCUGAAUAUGUCAUGACAGGCCAUCUUACAUCAAAGAGUGAUGUCUACAGCUUCGGCGUAGUUCUGCUCGAAAUGAUCACAGGUAGAAGAUCGAUGGACAAAAACCGGCCAAACGGAGAACACAAUCUCGUGGAAUGGGCUCGUCCUAACCUCUGCGACAGGAAACGUUUUUACAGUAUGAUAGACCCUCGACUGGAAGGUCAUUUCUCGAUUAAAGGUGCGCAAAAGGCUGCACAGUUGGCAGCUCGCUGCCUAAGCCGCGAUCCUAAGGCUCGGCCCCAAAUGAGCGAGGUUGUCGAAACACUAAAGCCUUUGCCGAACCUUAAGGACAUGGCGAGCGCUUCUUACAACCUUAAAACAAUGCAAGGCGAUCGGGUCAGAUCCAGCCCGAGCGGUAGGAACGCGCUAAGGACUCAGCGAUCUUUUUCAAGAAACGGACAACCACAGCAGCAAGCAAGAAGCCUCUCGAUGCCGAAUGGAACUCAUGCUUCGCCACAUCAUCAGUUAUCUCGAAACGGUACGCCCUCUUAG